AUGAGGAGCCCUGAGGAUGAGGAGGCUGAGGCUGAGGCUGAGGUGAGGAUGAAGAGGCUGAGAACAGUGACGUCACAUCACCUGCUCCUGAAUCCUCCGUAUCCUCCGUAUCCUCCUCCGUCUGCCCCCGCCAUGGGCAACUGUCUGACCGUGGGGCCCAACGAGGCGCUGGUAGUGUCCGGGUCGUGUUGUGAUGCCGAUCGGAGGGCUUAUGUGAUCGGGGGCUGGGCCUGGGCCUGGUGGUGCGUCUCAGACAGCCAAAGGCUCUCGUUGGAGAUUAUGACUCUGCAGCCGCGCUGUGAGAAGGUGGAGACGUCAGAGGGCGUGGCCAUCACUGUCACCGGGGUUGCCCAGGUGAAGGUGAUGACGGACAGCAGUCUUCUGGCUGUGGCCUGUGAACAGUUCUUGGGGAAAUCUGUGAUGGAAAUAAGAUCACUCCUUCUGCAGACACUGGAGGGACACCUGAGGUCUAUACUGGGCACUCUGACCGUGGAGCAGGUGUACCAGGACAGGCACAAGUUUGCUCAGCUGGUGCGGGAGGUGGCCUCUCCGGACGUGGGCAGGAUGGGCAUCGAGAUCAUGAGCUUCGUCAUCAAGGAUGUGUUUGACUCUCUGGAUUACCUGAGCUCUUUGGGAAAGACUCAAACAGCAGCUGUUCAGAGAGACGCAGACAUCGGAGUGGCAGAGGCCGAGAGAGACGCUGGCAUCCGGGAGGCCGAGUGUAAGAAGGAGAUGAUGGAUGUGAAGUUUCAGGCUGACACAAAGAUGGCGGAUUCCAGACGAGAGCUGGAGCUGCAGAAAGCCACGUUUAAUCAAGAAGUCAACACCAAGAUCAUUCAGAGAGGAACGGUCAGAGAGGAACGGUCAGAGAGGAACGGUCAGAGGUCAGAGGAACGGUCAGAGGUCAGAGGAACGGUCAGAGGAACGGUCAGAGGUCAGAGGUCAGAGGAACGGUCAGAGGAACGGUCAGAGAGGAACGGUCAGAGGAACGGUCAGAAAGGAAGGUCAGAGGAACGGUCAGAGAGGAAGGUCAGAGGUCAGAGGAACGGUCAGAGAGGAAGGUCAGAGGAACGGUCAGAGAGGAAGGUCAGAGGAACGGUCAGAGAGGAAGGUCAGAGGAACGGUCAGAGAGGAACGGUCAGAGGUCAGAGGAACGGUCAGAGGAACGGUCAGAGAGGAACCGUCAGAGAGGAACGGUCAGAGGUCAGAGAGGAACGGUCAGAGGAACGGUCAGAGAGGAACGGUCAGAGGAACGGUCAGAGGUCAGAGGAACGGUCAGAGAGGAACGGUCAGAGGAACGGUCAGAGGUCAGAGGAACGGUCAGAGAGGAACGGUCAGAGGAACGGUCAGAGGAACGGUCAGAGGUCAGAGGAACGGUCAGAGAGGAACAGUCAGAGGUCAGAGAGGAAGGUCAGAGGAACGGUCAGAGGAACGGUCAGAGAGGAACGGUCAGAGGUCAGAGGAACGGUCAGAGAGGAACGGUCAGAGGUCAGAGAGGAAGGUCAGAGGAACGGUCAGAGGAACGGUCAGAGAGGAACGGUCAGAGGAACGGUCAGAGAGGAACGGUCAGAGGUCAGAGGAACGGUCAAAGAGGAACGGUCAGAGGUCAGAGGAACGGUCAGAGGUCAGAGAGGAAGGUCAGAGGAACGGUCAGAGAGGAACGGUCAGAGAGGAACGGUCAGAGAGGAACGGUCAGAGGUCAGAGGAAGGUCAGAGAGGAACGGUCAGAGGUCAGAGAGGAAGGUCAGAGAGGAACGGUCAGAGAGGAACGGUCAGAGGUCAGAGAGGAAGGUCAGAGGAACGGUCAGAGGAACGGUCAGAGAGGAACGGUCAGAGAGGAACGGUCAGAGGAACGGUCAGAGAGGAACGGUCAGAGGUCAGAGGAACGGUCAGAGAGGAACGGUCAGAGGUCAGAGGUCAAGAGGAAGGUCAGAGGAACGGUCAGAGAGGAACGGUCAGAGAGGAACGGUCAGAGAGGAAGGUCAGAGGUCAGAGGAACGGUCAGAGGUCAGAGAGGAAGGUCAGAGGAACGGUCAGAGAGGAACGGUCAGAGAGGAACGGUCAGAGGUCAGAGGAAGGUCAGAGAGGAACGGUCAGAGGUCAGAGAGGAAGGUCAGAGGAAGGUCAGAGAGGAACGGUCAGAGAGGAACGGUCAGAGAGGAAGGUCAGAGGUCAGAGAGGAACGGUCAGAGGUCAGAGAGGAAGGUCAGAGGUCAGAGGAAGGUCAGAGAGGAACGGUCAGAGGUCAGAGAGGAAGGUCAGAGAGGAAGGUCAGAGAGGAACGGUCAGAGAGGAACGGUCAGAGGAACGGUCAGAGGUCAGAGGAACGGUCAGAGAGGAACGGUCAGAGGAACGGUCAGAGGAACGGUCAGAGAGGAACGGUCAGAGGUCAGAGGAACGGUCAGAGAGGAACGGUCAGAGAGGAACGGUCAGAGAGGAACGGUCAGAGAGGAAGGUCAGAGGUCAGAGGAAGGUCAGAGAGGAACGGUCAGAGGUCAGAGAGGAAGGUCAGAGAGGAAGGUCAGAGAGGAACGGUCAGAGAGGAACGGUCAGAGGAACGGUCAGAGGAACGGUCAGAGGUCAGAGAGGAAGGUCAGAGGAACGGUCAGAGGAACGGUCAGAGAGGAACGGUCAGAGGUCAGAGGAACGGUCAGAGAGGAACGGUCAGAGAGGAACGGUCAGAGAGGAACGGUCAGAGGUCAGAGGAAGGUCAGAGAGGAACGGUCAGAGAGGAACGGUCAGAGAGGAAGGUCAGAGGUCAGAGGAAGGUCAGAGAGGAACGGUCAGAGGUCAGAGAGGAAGAAAGCCGAGGCGCAGCUGGCCUACGAGCUGCAGGCCGCCAAAGAGCAGCAGAAGAUCCGUCUGGAGGAGAUCCAGAUCCAGGUGGUGCAGAGAACCAAACAGAUCACCAUCGAGGAGAAAGAGAUCGACCGCACGGACAAGGAGCUCAUCGCCACGGUCAAGAGGCCUGCGGAGGCCGAGGCCUACAAGAUACAGCAGCUAGCAGAGGGCAACAAGUGA